GGAGUACAGGACGCCAUCUGCAGGAAAGAAAUCAAUCGAGUAAUGCAGACGACAUACAAUUCACAACAACCUGCGAUUUUGGGAAAAUUCUGACAUGGCGGGGCAUUCGAACAAUUUUUGCUACAUUUUGUUGUUUUGUGCAUCAUUGGUAAGUGCUGGCGACAAAAUAAGUCCCUCAGAUCAAACGAAAACUGUUCCAGUAACUCGGGGAAAUAUAAAUUCUAACGCGGUUGCUCUGUUUGAUAGAUUGUUCCAACUUAAAAGAAGUGAACAGAAAGAUGCAGUUCAACGGAUUGCAGAAGUCAAAUCAAUUGAAAAACAACGCAAGCUUCUGGAACUUGUCAUAACCAAAAUCAUGGAGGUUCUAACUCAUAGUAGAAUCAAGCUGGAAAGCUCUGGCUAUCUUCCAGAAUCUGAUUUUCCUCAAGAUGAAUCUCUUCGUGAUGCUCUGUCAAGCAUGAUAGAAAAUACUGCAUUUAUGGGGGAUCUUGUGCUCUAUUUACCUGAUGCAACAAAAGCGUUUCUUAAAAAUAAUGAAUGGAAUACCAUAUUCAAAUGGAGUUUAAGUAUUUGUCAACAGUCUGUCUUUUUGAGCACUGCAACAAAGAAAAUGCUGCACUUGGUUGCGCAAGAAUUAAAUUUGGUCGAACGAGAAUCAAAUUAUUUUAAUCCAUACGCAGAGGCAAAUCGAAAGAAACCAGAUCCUUUACCCGAAAAUGUCGAAAAGAAGAAAGUGAGAAAGAAAAUAUCUAAAGGUCCUUCUUUAUCGGGAUCAAGAUUAAAAAAUGAAUUGUGAAAGCUAUAUAAAUUGUUUUAUUUUCUUAUAAAUACAAUUUAUCUACUGGUA